AGUUUAGCUGCAGUGUGAGUCCCUGAGAAGUCACUCACCUUCCUGUGUGUUUCCACAGAAGAGGUUUUGAAAGGAGUACGACUAUGGAUAAAUGCUCCUUGUUUUUGUUUAUCCUGAUUUUACCUUGGACAUUUGACAGAGGGGGUAAGUUGGAUGUUGACAGCUUAUCUAAAAAUAGCAAACGUUAUCAGUAACCGUGAAGGGAAACUCAACAGAAAUAUUUUUUAAAAGUCUACAUGUUACAGCUAAAACUCCUGUGAAGCUAAAGAAAAUCCCAGCACUAAACACUAAAGCUUCAUGAGACACAGGGCUGCUUGUUUAUUAACUGAGUCGCACUUUGAACUCUUAAGUCCAACUUUUUUUUCCACAUUUAGACAAAAAGCAGGAAAACAGCGACAUGUUUCAUGAAGUAUUUCAUAAAGGAGUGUGUGUGAUAAAUCCUGUUGCACUGGCUCUAUCACAUUCCACAGACACACACACACACAGAUUCCACACGGCACAAAAACUGACUGUGAGCUCCGGGAACUUUGUAUAAAUGACAAAGCGAGACGUGACUCUGUUCCCCGAAUCCACUUUGGGUCGACUGAAUGCUGACUGGUUGACUGUAAUGCUGGGAGUCAUGUUGCUGCUGGAUGACUGGCUAAAAAUAAUGUAGACGAUAGCAGCCAGUAAUUUUUAUUUUUAGGCUUGAAGGACUCCACUCAUAUGAGGUUAUAAUAAUAAUAAUAUCAUGAUUAUUAUUAUUAUUAUAAAAGUUGUAUUUCUACAGCACUUUUCAAAACCAAGUAACUACUAAUUAAAUCAAAUAAAAAUCAAAAACAAAUAGUUAAAAGUUUCAGCAUUUAUUAAUGUUAAAGUCUUUUAAAAAACACUAAAUUAUUUACAUUUAAUUUAGUUAAAUUUGAAGUGUUAAAGGGGCGGCAGUAGUUCAGGAGGUAGAGCGGUCGCCCUAUAACCAGGAGGUUGGCGGUUUGAUCCCAAGUCUGUCCGUUGUGUUCUUGGUCAAGAUACUUAACCCACCUUGCUCCCAGUGUGUCCUCCACUGGUGUAUGAUUGUAAGUGUUGUGUAUUGGUGGUGGUUGGAGAGGAUGUAGUUGCAAACUGGCAGCCAUGUUUCCAUCAGUCUGCCCUCCAUCAGUUUACCACCACCAAGGUGUGACUGUGUGAAUGAAUGACGUAUCCUAUGUAAAGCAUUUUAAGGGUCUCUGAUAAAGCGCUGUAUGAAAUCUGAUGCAUUAUUAUUAUUAUUAUUAAAUUAUCACCAAAAUUAAGCCAAAGCUUGUGAAGUGAAGUGAAAAACUGAUGCAUGAUCCCUUUCUGUAGUUGUAGAUACUAGGGGGCAGAUUAUAAACGUUGCUAGAACUGAGGGUAUGGGAGGUAAUGACGAUGACUUCAGAUCAAUCUUAACUUUAUUCUUUGUUCCGAUGUUUUGUAGACGCAAAGGUGUGCACUUUCAUGGAGAACUGCAUUUUACCUUGUACGUUUGAGCGGGGCAGUGAGAUCGUGAUCCACUGGAUUCAGCAGCCAAACACAGCUGUCCACUCCUACUAUCAUGGCAAGAACCAGCUGGACCGCCAACAUCCACGCUUCAAAGGCAGGACAGCGCUGUUCAUGGACCAGAUAUCUACGGGGAACGCCUCGCUCAUGCUGACAGUGGUGACACCUGCAGAUGAAGGGAAAUAUAAGUGCUAUACCAGCACCAUCUCCGGAAACAAGGAGUUAUUUGUUGACCUAAGUGUUGAAGGUAAGACAUGCACACCUUUCCUUCAACAAAAUUUGAUAUCCUCGUCUCUGCCUCUGCCAAAUAACUUUAUUUUAGCUUCAGUCACUUAGAUGUACUUCACAGCUCUCCAGAACACUCCUCCAUUGUUGCCAAACUCAAUAGAUACAACCAAGCUCAAAAAUCUUGGAUUAUCUCUGAAACUUUUAUUCAUACAGUCUAAAACGAGUCAUUUCAGCUUCAGCUCUGAUGAUGUACUUCAGAACCCUCCUCCGCAGCUGUCAUGUUCCAAAGAUGUUACUUGUUACUCAAAAAUCCUAACUUAUCUUAGGCUGGUGUCUCUAAAAACCUCCAAUGUAGACUGUCUGAAAAACUUCAUUUAAGUUCCAGUUUAGCACUUCAGAACCCUUCUCCACUGUUGCCAAACUCCAGAGGUGUAAUCUAGCUGAAAAAUCUUGUAUUAUCUAAGGAGGGUGUCUCUGAAAACCCUGAUAGAGACUGUCUGAAAUGCUUCAUUUACCCUAGAGUUCAAAAGAUACACUCUACAGCACUUAAGGACCUUCAUCCGCUGUUGCCAUGCAAUCUUGAACUAUCAUAGGCUGCUGUCUCUGAAAUCCUUAUUGCAGAUUCGUUUAAAACACUUAAUUGUAGCUUCAAUCCGACUGAUGCACAUCACAGCACUUCAGAACCCUCAUCCACUGUUGCCAUGUUCUGAAGAUGUUACUCAGCUCAAACAUCUUAAAUUACCUCAGGGAAUGUCUCUAAGAACAUAAUUUAGGUCAGUCUAAAAUGCUUGAUUUUAGCUUUUGAUGCACUUCGCUGCACUCCAGGACCCUCCUCUGUUCUGAAAAUGUUACUUUGCUCAUAAAUAGUGGAUUAUCUCAGGCCGGUGCCUCUGAAAACACUAAAAUAGUCAGUAACUGGCUGCAUGUUUUGCCACUGACAAAAAAAAACAUUACAUUUUUGGAGGAGGACUUUUGAGGCCAAAAUAAACAGGUAGGACAACAGGACACUCGACAAAGACAGGACCUUCUGACCAAGCAUUGGUUUCGAUAGCCUACCUCUAAAUCUGACUCACUACUCCUUUAUAAUCCUUGAAAUGAAGUCAGCGUUGUCAUGUUUUUUCACGUUUAACACUCCCAAACGCCACACUCACACACAGCAGUUUGAUAUCUGUCUACUCCCAGAGCAGGAAACUGAUACAAGGCUGUAUGGAAGGUCGUGAAAGAGAUACGGACCCUCUAUACAGUGAAUAGUUUUUCUUAGCUUGGUGGAAACUUCAGAAAAGAAAAAAUCAGCUGCUUCCUGUGGAAAAAACCUUCAGCCCCGUCGGAUGUCACUGUUUUCUGUAAUGUCGAUGUUUAUAAUGGAAAAUUUGAGCCCAAUCACAAGCAAUAAAAAAAAUAGGGUUAGCUCAUGGUGUCAGCUGAGAGAGCAAAGGUCUGAAGUGAAGAGAGAAUGAUUGACAGGGUGAAUACCUCUACAAGAAUGAGAGGGCAUGGUCGAUUAAAGCCAAACUUGACUGUCAAUCAACAAAACACCUGAAAAAAUCGACAAUUAAAGACAACGGCCUACAAGAAGUGAAGGGGAAGGAUGAUGAGGCACGGUUAUCAUCAGGCCCUCAUCAUCACUCGCUCCUAAAAUCUGGAUCCUCUGAUUUGCAGCUCCGCCUCGUGAAGUUAUCGUUAAGCAGGAAGGAAACAGGAUCAGCUGCAGCUCAGAGGGGAUCUUCCCUCGGCCGGAGCUCACAUGGUCCUCCAGCUCGCCAUCCAGUCUGACACCGGACACACCCACAGUCCUGCCAACUGAACAGCAGCUCUACAACAUCAGCAGUUUUCUGACGGUUUCAGACAGUGUGAGUGAUCUGGACUACAGCUGCACCAUCAGUAGUGGCAGGAGCAAAAAGACGGCCACGUUAUAUAAAAAAAGUGAGUAAAACCUGCAAACAGGUGGAUAACUUACCGUAAAUCAUAAAAAGAGAGAAAAUAUUGAUGUAUAUCACUGUGUUUCAUUCUUUCAGCUUCAACAAGCACUUCAGACACCGAGACAACAAUCCCCUGCACUUCCUUAAACAUUUCCCCUAAAAGCCUGGCAUGGAGUUUCAACCACAGUGAAAACAUCCUGACCCAGAACCCGGCUGACACCACCUUCAAAGUCUCAGAGAAAUGGAAAGAUCAUGUGAAGGAUGUGUCUGAGACUGGCAGCCUCAUUCUUAAAGCCUUAACUUCAGACCAGGAUGGAGUUUACACGUGUGAACUGAGUACAGCCGAGGAGAUACAUAUCCAAAGUACAGUGUUAACGGUACAAGAAAGCCAAGGUACGUCGCUACAGACUCUGACCAAAAAAAUCUGUUUUCAUCUGUAAUAUCCAGUUUAAUACUUUAAUACUUUCCUGUUUCAGGUUCAUUACAUGCUGCAGGCACCGCAGUUGGGGUUGUUGUGGCUCUACUGCUUCUAGUCUUUGGGGGUGCGCUCAUUUAUAAAUUCAGAAAUCAUAUACCUAUUUUCUCGAAAAAGGUACGUGCUGAUGGCCCUAAUAUUUCCUCAACCUGAACGUUUUUUAUUGUGUUUGUUUCUGUGCUAAUGAUGAUGUUUUUGUACUCAGAAGAGACCAUCAUCUGCAAACAACGGACGUGAACUUGAAGUCCAAAAUUUAAAGUAAGUGAGAAAAAAGGAAUAUGAUCAAAAACCUGCAGAAGUGGACUAGAGACCUGAGGAGAACAGAUAGUUUGAGAGUCUGAGGUCCACGUGAUUCAGGACUGACCCGUGUUCAACUUUGUUUCCAGGUCAAACAAUGAAGGAGGUGAAACAGUUUAAGUGGAUACCUACCAGACGGAGGAGAGUUGAUGAAUGUAUGCUGAUCUCUCUGGAGAAAGAUGCAGCAGACGGCUGGACGGUAGGGGAACCUGAAGAGCAAAUGACCAAGAAUGAAGGAUUAAAUGAAAUCUUCAUGUGCUGUACGACUGUGCCGUGACCAGAUGACGACGAAACUGGCCGCCUGAAUUCUGCCUUUUUGACAACAGAAGAAAAAAGCUCACCAGCUGUGCCUCAAAGUGUCAGGAAGACAACACGGUCACUUAUUUCAUAAGUACACACAGAGAUGUUGAAGUAAUGCACUAGACUGUUUAGGAAAGUAUUUUUUUACGGGGGGCUUUGCCCGGUCGAAUAAGACGUGCCGUCGCUCCUCUACCUCAUGGGUGACGUUUCACAGGUGGUGAAACGCAACGCUUGAUUUUUACUGUACCUGUGAAGAAAAGUCUGAGUUUAUCUGAAGGAUUACAGUGGAUGAGAUUCACAGAAGACGAGGGAAUGACGGGGAUAUUAAAGCUGAUAUGUUACUUUUUUACACUUUUCAUUGAGGUCGGAUGGAAAAAAGUGCAGAAAAGUAUGACCGCAUCAUGGUUUCUGGUUUUUACCUUUUUCCUACUUUUUUCUAGCAGAUUAAAAUUCUGCUUUUUCCUUUAAUUUGAAGGUUUCCUACUUUUUUAACACUAAAGAAUGCAAACACCAGGAACUGAUUAAUAUUAGAGCUUCAUAUUGGAGCUAAGGGUGGCACAGUGGUGUUGUGGUUAGCACUGUUGCCUCACAGCAAGAAGGUCCUGGUUUCGAAUCUGAGUCAGGGCGUUUCUGCGUGAAGUUUGAAUGUUCUCCCUGUGUCUGUGUGGGUACUCCGGUUUCCUCCCACAUCCCAAAAUCAUGCCUAAGUGGGGUUAGGUUAACUGGCCACUUUCAAGUUGCCCAUAGGUGUGAAUGUGAGUGCGGAUGGUUGUUCGUCUCUAUAUGUCAGCCCUGUGAUGAACUGGCGACUUGUCCAGGGUGACCCCUGCCUUCGCCCGAAGAUGCUGUAAUAGGCUCCAGUCCCCCCGCGACCCCGGGAACGGGAAUAAGCGAUAGAAAAUGGAUGGAUUGGAGCUAAGAAGAUGCUAGCUACAAACUACCGUCGAACACUGUGCCCUCACUAACUUUAGAGGUGCAAUUCUACUGAGCAGGUGAUCAGACUUUGUCGAUGCUAACGUUGCAUUGAAAGUUGUCAGAAUAUAUACGACGAUGUCUUGAAAAUCUAAGCUGUGAUAAAAUAAGCAGACAGUUAUAUUAUGUGUCAUAAAAUGUAAGAAAGACAAAAAAAAAGACAAAAACAAGCAGCUGCUGCUAGCCAAACAGCUUGUAGCUAGAUUUGAGAGCUAGCAUCCUAUAGCUAGCAUCUCUUUGAGAGAUGACUCAGCACUUCUCAAAACUGCCAUUUGAGAUUUUCUUUGAAUCCAAAAUUAACUUUAGAUUAGAUUUCAUGUCUAAUCAAUCAGUUAUGCUUUCUAACAGUUCUUUAAAUUCUCAUUAUGAUUGGCAGAGUAGCUAACACUUCAAAAUAAAAGCAUAGUUUUACCAUGUCAAAAUAAAACCAUGACAUUUUCCGACUAGUUUUGGUAACACUUUACAAUAACCAUAAUUUAUAAACGGUAAAUAGAUAUUUUAAUGAUGUUUAAUCAUCAUUUAAAAACAGCAUAAAGACCAAUUAUAAAUGGCAAAUAGAUAGUUAAUUAAUGUAAGUUAAUCGUUACUUUACCAUUAACAAGCAAUGAAAUUAUGAUUUAUAAUUUUCAUAAAUUAUUAAUGGACUGUAUAUUAAAGGUUUAUAUAGGGUUUAAAUAUUGGUAGUAAAACAUCUAGAUUAAAAUGUGUGUCUGUAGCACUUUGUAAAUGGUUAAUAUUUGCUUUAUAAACCACCUAUAAACAUUACUUAGAUAGUUAUUGUAAAGUUAGGGUUAGGUUUAGGUUUUUAAAAUUAUAAAAUUUACAAUUUAUUAAUGGUCUAUACGCUAUUUAUAAAUGAUGAUUAAACAGUAAUAAACUAUUUGCUUACCAUUUAUAAAUUAUGGUUAUUGUAAAGUGUUACUCAAGUUUGGGUCACAGAUCUGGAUAAAUUACAGACUUUAACAUCAUUAUAAUUUCAUUUGGUCAUAUCUCUCCUCAAUUCGACUGAUGCUUUUGUAAAAAUAUCGUGAUAAUAUCGUUAUUGGGAUAUUUUCGAUAUCGUGACAGUCCUAUAGAUGCAACAGCAGUCCUCCUCAUGUUGCUGGUCAAAGUGCAAUAAUUCAUCUCACCAACGAGUCAGAGGCAAGACGGGAUCACAGUGAGCAGCACUGUUUGUGCCACUCACUGACAUUAAUGAGAGUGCAAAUGACAGCAUAAAAACAGCCAGUGUGCAGAUGCAUCAUGGGAGAGCUGCAGAUCAGGGUGUGUCAGGCCUGCAUGACCAACCUACCUGCUGCAUUAGCGAUGUAUUAGCUAAAUCAAGUCUUUAUUAUGUAUUGAGGGUGGUUUUGAUUGUAAACCUAAUGAAGAAAACAGUCCUCUAAUGUUGACGAGGUCUGUUAAAAACAUGCAGUAUUGAUUAAAACUGUAUUUGGGCUCCACAUGAUUCAUUUGGACUCCAUUCGUGACACUUGUACGGCUUAUUUUAACUGACUGUUUUUAAAGCUCUAUUUUAUUCUGAUAAUUCACUUUAUUGUUUGAAUUAUGAGGUGUUUUUUUUGCCUUUGUUAUUGAGCCUGUGUGUGUGAGGGGGCUUCUGAUACUGCCUUUCUGUUUUAAUCUCGAUGAAAGGAAAACAGAAAGUGUCUGAACUCUGCAUGCUCUGAGAAAAUCUUGACACACCUGUAUUUCUAGCCUGACACUUUGCAGGAAUGUUUCACAACAAUAGAUAUUUGACUUCCUGUGAACAUGUCAAGUGUUCUUUUUGCUUUUCAGAGAUACUGUAUGCAGACUUGCAGACCUUUGUUGGAUAAAAGUCUAAAGCAAAGGGAUUUAAGUUGUUUCAGACUCACUCAGUUUGAGUAAGAGCCUAAAAGAUCAAAUCUGGUUUCUGUUUUUGUAAUAUUUAGGGUGAGAAAGUGUUUGAUUUUACAGAAUAUUUUUUAUACAUCUACACUUGAAAACUGUUUUAUGAAUGUGAAUAUUUUCCCCUUUUUUUAGGUACUUGGUGAAAAUUUUUGUGUUGAAGAAUUUGGUGGAUGUACAUUUGAAAUAUUUUAUUAAAGAUUUGUGGAUAUUUAAUUGUUUUAAUACAGUUUUAUGAACUGAACACUCUGCUUUAUAAAAAGGUAAAACAAUUACACACGCAGUCUUGUAAAUGUAAAUGUUCUUUAUUUAUACAGCCUUUUACAACAACUCUGUGCAAUGCAAUAAAAUGAAGUGUCACCACACUACUAGGUAUUAAAAGCCAGCAUAAAUAAAUACGUUUUCAAUCUGGACUUGAAAAGGCCCAGGUCGGAAAUAAGUCUCAUUUCGGUGGGGAGCUUAUUCCAGAGCCUGGGACCAGCGACUGAAAAGACUCGGUCACCCCAGUGUUUGUGUUUUGACCAGGGCACCUCCAGCAGAAGUUGAUUUGACGGCCUCAGAGCUCUACCCGGCCCCCGAACGGUUAAAAGCUCAGUUAGAUAAGAGCUUUAAAAACAAACAGAAGUUUAAAAUCAAUCCUAAAAGAGACGGGAAGCCAAUGAAUGACAACACGCGGUCUUGUCAUUCAAAGGAAAAAUAUUUAGUCUAUUGUUCUGGAGUUCAAGCACCUCUGGGUCUUGUUUGUUCGAGUGGGGGUAAAAUGGAUUGGGAGACUGACAGAGAGAUUGGUAAAGCAUCUGCAGAAAAUGAUGAGAGGGCUGAGUUUAGAGGCAAAGUUUUGGAUUUAUCAGUCAAUUUGCAUGCCAACCCUCACUUAUGGUAAUGAGCUGUGAGUCAUGAGUGAGAGAAUGAGAGUGUGGAUCCAUGCAGCUGAAAGAGUUUCCUCUGAAGGGUGGAAAGGUGGGUUAAGACUUACAGGUGGACAUCUGGAGGGAGCUAAAUGAAAAGAGAGAUGAGUUGUAAUUAAUCACAGCGGUUAUGAAACUGUCAAAGAAACAACCUGAAAGCAACAACCUCGUAUCCUUUUCUACUUUUUGAGCAGCAGAUGGAGUCAGAGGGUAAGUUUUGAUUUGGACUGGACACUUGUGUCUAACUGAAAGGAAGAAGAAAGGAGCUUUUUUACAUACACUGUACAUAUAAAGCGUGAAAAACAGGCCAUGUUGUUGCACCAUGCAAUUUUGAUUGCACAGAAGUAUGAAAGUUUAUUGCACAAAUUUCAUAUAUGCGAGAUGAGUGAGUUCAUGUUUCGUUUGAUCCUGUUUGUACACACUGAGCAAUAGACGGCUAUUUUUUUUUUUGACCUAAUUUCAACCGUCUAGAUUCUGUUUAUUUUGAGAUGGAAUUUAGACGUUGCACUUGAACCCAUUAUUCAAUAACUAUUUAUUUCCAAAAGAAACUGUGAGUUGCGUAACUGAUCUCCAAGUACUUAACCAAAAUGAUUAUGAUAGCCGUUGAGCAAUAUACAGUGUAGUAUAGAAAAAGCCCAGAUUUAGACUUGGUCGAAACUAAAUUUAGACGUCUAAAAAACGUUCAUUUUUAGACCUGUGGUAGCCUGAUUUUAGACCCGUCAUCUAGGCUACAUUUAGAUGUCUAUUAGACCUAUUUUAGACCAAAACAUGCUCAGUGGGGAGGCUGGAUGUCCCUGAGUGGGCUGAAGUAUCCAAUUAGGAGGUAAAAUAGUAUUAAUAUCACAGCCAGUGACUAAAGGAGCUGCACAAUGUCGUCACAGAGGGAUGGAAAUGUCCUACAUGAAUUUCCAAUCCCAGCAAAAACACAACCAACAGGAGAAAAGGAAGUCAAACAGCUGAUAGUUGAUUAAAACUUGUCAAAAAUCUCACUUACAGUUAGGAACAAGCUGCCGAGCAUAGCAACAAGACAAACAAACAACAAUGCGAGCAGUCGAGGCGCUCAGAAAGGGAGCAUGGAAAAGUCAAAGCUUCCUGUGCAAAGAAUGUAAUACCCUCCACAAUCUCAAGACUUUGUCAGAUUUAUGAUCCGGAUCAGGGGUCAGCUUCUCCCUGUGGAGACAUACCAGCUGUGAUCUCUGACAUGCGUUAACAGGGAUUGGAUAUUUUUGCCACAUUGACCUAGAGGGCUGUUUUUUGUUUAAGCUGCAAAUUUCCUGAUCAGAGACUCAGCCUUCAAGAAUGUUUGGAUAAUGUCAGAUGGCUAUGAACUGACGGUGAACCGAGCACGACUUAGUCAGCUGGGUAUGGAAGCCCUGAGUGGACAUGCAUCUGUACAUUUAUUUAAUCUCUUGAGUGAUUUUAGUCAGACAAACAUGUUUAAAAAUCUGUUUUCAGUCAGUAAAUCAGUUUUUUAAACACACAGAUCCUCCUGGGUGUCAAAUAGCUACUCUCUCCCUAUAAACAAAUAUUAGACAGUAAAUAAACUGCACGUACCUGAUGUUUCAGCAUUCUGUUGGGGGACGUGACAGACUGUUUCCUGGCUGAGUCAUGCGAGCUCGCUCACGUCUAGAUUCAGGAGUUGGUGAAUUAUGU